CCUUGACUCUCUUCUUCCCGAAAGUGAAAGUAAAGUUCAGAUCGCUGAACAUGGCGUCACUGAAUGUAUCCGCAGACGAGCUUUCUUGCCCCGUGUGCUGUGAGAUCUUCAAGACUCCUGUUAUUUUAUCAUGCAGUCACAGUUUCUGUAAAGAGUGUCUUCAGCAGUUCUGGACAACCAAGGGAACUCAGGAGUGUCCUGUCUGCAGGAGAGACUCCAAACACGAUCCUCCAGUUAACCUUGCGUUAAAAAACCUGUGCGAGUCGUUCCUGAAGGAGAGAAAUGAGAGGCGUUCAUCAGAGUCUGAGGAGAUCUGCAGUUUGCACAGAGAGAAACUCAAGCUCUUCUGUCUGGAGGACAAACAGCCGGUGUGUUUAGUGUGUAUUAAUUCACAGAAACACGACAAUCACACAUUCAGACCCAUCGGUGAAGCGGUUUCAUCUUAUAAGGAGGAGCUCAAUACAUCACUGAAGCCCUUACAAGAGAAUCUGAAACACCAUGAAGAAAUGAAAAAAGAGUUUGAGAAAACAGUUCAACACAUCGUGUCUCAAGCUGAGCACACAGAGCGUCAGAUUAAACAGCAGUUUGAGAAGCUUCAUCAGUUUCUCAGAGAUGAAGAAGAAGCUACAAUCACUGCACUGAGGGAGGAAGAGGAGCAGAAGAAGCAGAUGAUGGAGAAGCUGGAGGAGAUGAACAGACACAUCUCAGCUCUUUCACACACAAUCAGAGACACGGAGGAGAUGAUGAGAGCCAGUGACGUCUGCUUUCUGAAGGAGUUUCCAGUCUCAAUGGAAAGAGUCCAGAUUUCAUCAGAGCCGGAUCCACAGACUCCUUCUGGAGCUUUGAUUGAUGUGCCGCGUUACUUGGGCAACCUGAGCUUCAGAGUCUGGAAGAAGAUGCAGGACAUUGUUCAGAACACUCCUGUGAUUCUGGAUCCAAACACGGCUCAUCCAGAUCUGGUUCUGUCUGAGGAUCUGACCAGUGUGAAAUACAGUGUCUCAUCAGCUCCUGUGAUUCUGGAUCCAAACACGGCUCAUCCAGAUCUGGUUCUGUCUGAGGAUCUGACCAGUGUGAAAUACAGCGGGAACAAACAACCACUUCCUGAUAAUCCAGAGAGGUUUGACAUCUAUGACUGUGUUCUGGGUUCAGAGGGUUUUAACUCAGGAACACACUGCUGGGAUGUGGAGGUUAAACAGAGUUCAUGCUGGAGUCUCGGAGUAACUACAGCAUCAAACCCGAGGAAGGGAGAUGAUUUUUAUAACAAUGAUGUCUGGAGUGUGCGAUAUGGACAGUUUGAACAGGAUCUUGAGCGUGUGAGAGUGUAUCUGGACUAUGACAGAGGAACAGUGUCAUUCUCUGAUCCUGUAACUAACACACAUCUACACACAUUCACAAACACCUUCACUCACACAGUCUUUCCAUUUUUCUAUUGUGAUUCCUUUCAGUUGUGUUCUUCCUCUCUGAGGAUCUUGCCGUUCAGUAAUUAUUAAAUGUUACUCCUUUUACAAUCUUUUACAGACAUGUUUCCAAUAUUUAAUCCAUAUCACAGUGCUGUUGAUCUGAAUAUCAGUACGGCUGUGAUUGGGCCGUGAUGAUCACAACAGAUCAAUAAACAAGAAGUUUUCAUUUAUAUUCCACUUUACAUAAUUAUACCGAUAAUUUUAGCAUUCAUGUUUUCUGGCAAAUUGCCAUUUAUCCGAUUAUUUCAAUGGAGUGUGUCUCUUUGUUAAUUUCUAAACGUUUCACAUCAUGAUUAUAUACGAUUAUGUACAUAGGCACAUUUUCAUUGUUUGUCCAACAUGAGCCUAAAGGAAUAAUUAUUUCAGAACAAAUUAUAAUCUCUUGAACUGUUUUUUUUUUUUAAAUGUGUGAUUGUGAUUUCAGUACCAUUUUUAUAAUGACAUUUUAAAUGUUUGAAUAUGAUAAAGUUUGAUGUCACGUGUCAUAUGAGCCUGCUAUUCCGUCCGCCAGCCACAUGAGGGAGCCCUCUCCCAAAGUUUGACUUCUGCCACACCUGAAUCUCUUUCUCCGCCAUUACUCAAUGUAUACUGUACACGCAUAGACCCUCUGGUUCAUUCAUUCUUUGCAAAGUCUUGCCAAUACCUGUAUGGUAAUUAUGAGUGGUUCCCUUUGUAUUUUGGACCUACCCUGUGUGUCGACCCCUGCCCAUUUAUUCUGUGCUCACGUCUCUGGUUUGGUGUUCUGGAUUUACUGUUUGCACUAUAUUGUUUGUUUUGGUUUUGACCCCCCACUUGCUCUUUGAUGUUGUUUCUGGUUUGCCCCAUUAAAAAUAAAUUUUCA